AUGGUUUCGAUUCCUUUCACUGCCGUUACCAUUCUUUUACUAAAUCUCUCUUCUUGUUUGUGUGUUAGAAAUAACACUUUUGGACAAAAAGGUUUCUCAUCUGCUUUGGCAACAUGGUAUGGCGAUGAAACCGGUUCCGGAAGUGCAGGAGGUGCUUGUGGAUGGGAGGAUGAUGUGAAGUAUCCACCAUUCUCAUCGAUGAUAGCAGCAGGAAAUGCAAAUAUAUUUUUAAAAGGAAAAGGAUGUGGACAUUGUUUUCAGAUAUUUUGUAGCCGACAACCAUACUGCUCAGGUAAACCAGUUACUGUAACGAUUAGCGAUGAGUGUCCUGGGGCAUGUAACGAUGUCCCGUUCCAUUUUGAUCUAAGCGGGUUUGCUUUCGGUUCCAUGGCAAACCCUGGCCAAGAUCACAAUCUACGACAACUUGGCCAAGUAGAUGUUAGUUACCAAAGGGUACCAUGCAGCUAUGGAGGUACAGACAUUGCAUUUAGAGUUGAUAAAAAAUGUAACCCAUAUUGGUUUGGCGUAGCACUAGAGUAUGCAGAUGGGGAUGGUGGUUUUCAGUCUGUGGAGAUAGCGGAAAGUGGUACUCAAAACUUUGUUGGUAUGAAUAACAUUUGGGGUGCGGUUUGGGAAAGAGACAUUGAUCCAUCAUUUCAACCUCCAUAUUCUUUCAGGCUCACCUCUGCUGAUGGGAAAACCUCUGUAGCAAAUAAUGUGAUUCCUCAAAGUUUUGCAGUUGGUCAGAAGUACUUAUCAAAUAGAGGUAGUUUAGCCAUUUCAUCAAAAACUUAA